AUGAUGGGUCUCAACCGUCGCGGCACGGUGACCGACUGCAUCGAGCCUCACCUCAAGCCCGACAGCGUCACUACCAAGUACAACCCUGACGAACCGGUCGCCAUCACGUCAGAAAGGCUCUGUACCCACUGGAUCCUCACAGGUGAAGUUGAUGCCCAAAACAUAAUCGGCAUCUUCUCUGGACACAACAAGACGAAGAAGGCGCUUGCGGGCCCAUGCUGGCUCUGUUAUAGCGACCCAGAGCAAGGCGGGUCGGACACUCUCCCCUCCCAUUGUGGUAGGAAGGCAUUCCAGACAGAAAUCAGAGAUAUACCCAGCCCUCUGCGGACCGGUCCAUUUGCUAAAAACACUGCCGCGAAGACGGCCAUCUCAGGCGCCGUCAGGCCCAACGUCGAAGUAGCCAUGUUCAUCCUGCUGGCGGUCAUCAUCCCGGUGGUCGCCUUUUUCGGCAUCAAGUGGCUUGUUUUCCGUCCUACCCGUCUUACUAUCCACCCUGCUGGCGGCGCUUUCAUGCGUGUUCCUCGCGGCCGUCGUCGCUACGUCUUCUUCGGUCCCCGUCUUCCGCAUGACCCCAGCCGCAACCGUGGCAGCCGUCCUCGUCGCCAGCGCACCGUUGUUGUCAUCCGAGACCUCGAGAGCGGUCUCCACGGAGGAUCCGCCGUCCACAGCCAUGCCGAUGGCGGAGGUACCUCCAACGCGUCUACAACCGCCAUCUCCGGCUCCGUCUGCUCCUGCUCCCACGACCACCACCACGGCCACGACGGCGGCUCCGAGCACUACAUCACCACCCCCGACGACCGCGAGCUGAACAUCAAACGCGCCCGCACCGCCUUCGUUCAUAUUGCCACGGCUGAUCCUCGUACGGGCGCCAUCCGCGCUCCCCGCUUCGUUCCCGACGACGUCUCCUCCGCCAACGCUUCUACCAUCUCCGCAGACGGUGGCAUCGGUGUGUGUGCCCAAGGCCAGUGA